CCUCUUCCUGCUUUCACCUCAUCCCCUGCUCUUGAGCUGCACAUCUCUCACCUCGUCUCAUCCAAUCGCUUGGAUCGCCUUGCCCAUCAAGGCGUCAUCCCUUUGCUUGCGAGCAAUGGCCAGCCUCGCCGACCUCGUUAACCUCGACCUUAGUGACUGCACCGACAAGAUCAUCGUCGAGUACUUGUGGGUUGGAGGAUCUGGCAUAGACAUCAGGAGCAAAGCAAGGACCGUGAAUGGCCCCAUCACCGAUGCGAGCCAGCUGCCCAAGUGGAACUACGACGGCUCCAGCACCGGCCAGGCUCCCGGCGAGGACAGCGAAGUGAUCCUAUACCCUCAAGCCAUUUUCAAGGACCCGUUCAGGAGAGGUGAUAACAUCCUUGUUAUGUGCGACUGCUACACACCACAAGGUGUGCCAAUCCCCACUAACAAGAGGCACAAUGCUGCCAAGAUCUUCAACAACCCUAAGGUUGCAGCUGAGGUGACAUGGUAUGGUAUUGAGCAGGAGUACACUCUCCUUCAGAAGGAUGUGAACUGGCCCCUUGGCUGGCCAGUUGGUGGCUACCCUGGUCCUCAGGGACCAUACUACUGCGCCGCCGGUGCUGAUAAGGCGUUCGGCCGCGAUAUCGUGGACGCGCACUACAAGGCCUGCCUCUACGCCGGGAUCAACAUCAGCGGCAUCAACGGGGAGGUCAUGCCCGGGCAGUGGGAGUUCCAAGUUGGCCCGUCCGUCGGGAUCGCCGCUUCCGACCAGCUGUGGGUGGCGCGCUACAUCCUCGAGAGGAUCACUGAGGUGGCCGGAGUUGUGCUGUCGCUCGACCCGAAGCCGAUCCCUGGUGACUGGAACGGCGCAGGCGCUCACACCAAUUACAGCACCAAGUCCAUGAGGGAGGCUGGGGGCUUCGAGGUGAUCAAGAAGGCGAUCGAGAAGCUGGGGAAGAGGCACACGGAGCACAUCGCCGCCUACGGCGAGGGCAACGAGCGCCGCCUCACCGGCCACCACGAGACCGCCGACAUCAACACCUUCAAAUGGGGCGUGGCGAACCGGGGCGCGUCCAUCCGCGUGGGCCGGGACACGGAGAAGGACGGCAAGGGCUACUUCGAGGACCGCAGGCCGGCCUCCAACAUGGACCCCUAUGUCGUCACCUCAAUGAUCGCCGAGACCACGCUCCUGCUCUGAUCCAAUCCAGACGGACGGCAGCAAAGCUACUUUUGUUUCUGCAAAACGACGCCAAAGCUACUUUAAUUUCUGCAAAAUGUUCCCAUGGCUAAAAAUUGGACCGCUUCCUAUUUCGACCUCUUCGCGUGGGCAAAGGUCUUCUUUAUUACCAGUCUGUUUUUGGGGUGUAUGCUAGCUCUUCAGUGUACUCUUUUGCGUAAGAGUUCUUCAGUGUACUCUGAAUAAUGUUAUUUCCUUCCUCGCAAUGUGAUUUAUGGAACCGGCCGGCAAGUUGUCUUUCUGUUCAA